CUGCCAUUUUUCAAUUCAGGUUCCCGCAAGAGAACGCGAGGAAGGUGCACCGAAGAUUUCUCGGAGUUUUGCGAAGAAUUAGAUCAAUCAAUCAUGGGUAAGGUGCACGGUUCAUUGGCGCGUGCCGGAAAGGUGAGAGGGCAAACGCCGAAGGUUGCGAAACAGGACAAGAAGAAGAAGCCCCGAGGGCGUGCCCACAAGCGGAUGCAAUACAAUCGCCGUUUCGUCACUGCUGUUGUUGGCUUUGGGAAGAAGAGAGGACCAAACUCAUCCGAGAAGUGAAGUAGAGCUAAAAGAUCGAUCAGCGUAUGUUUAUUAUUCCAUACAUACUGGAUUAAAUUUGUGCUUGUUUUUUUUUUUUUGUUAUUGAACAUUAUUGCUGCUUAAUGAUCAGUUAGUAAUUUUUGCUUUUGUGCAAAAUUUGGCUCUUUGCUUCUUGGGAUGUGUCGCAAGUUCGAAAUAUAUUUAUGGCCGUAUGUUCAAAGAUCUGAUGACUAUUGGUCAAAUUUUCAGUAGGGUUUGUGGGUGUUCUCGGAGCAUGGUUUUAUUUAUAUUUCAUAAGUUUCUGUUGCUUGUUUUCUAUUUAUAAUUUUGAAGAGCUGCCGUUAUUGGUCACUCAAA